AUGGCACCCUUGAGGAUUGGCCAAUGGGCACUCACUACUCCCGAAACAGCUCGUACUACGGCAUCUGAGAAACCGCAGCCCAACGUCCUCAGCUGUGACGAUUUAAUGGACGAAAUGCGUUCUAUCCUCGAAGAUACAAAUGCCUCGACGGUCUACGUUCGCGAUUUCUCUAAGUUACGCGACGAGAUGAUUCUAUCUCAGCAUCGAAUGAAGGCAUUUAUGACUGCUGUAGUCAACAUCCACACGCUGCCAGCAAAUCAUCGCCAAGCCACCGUCGAUAACAUCUCUCAAGACGGCAAUCCAGCUUGCGACGCAACACCACCGCUCUCGUGUCAAGGUAUGGCGCCGCUGACUGCGCAAUAUACGACCAGUAUCUCAGUCACCGUGCAAACUGUCCCCCAGAGCCAAGCAGCUUUGGGGGCUGCUGUCCGGCGAGUCCCAAGACACGACAAACGCGCAACAGCACAAUGGCAGACUCUCACCCUGGCGGCUCCUCAGACCGUCGUUGGACAGAUGACGCCUGCUCCCAAGUCAGACGAAACCCCAAGCAAGUUGCACGAUUGA